UUACGGCUUACAUUGAAUAAAAUAGUGAUUUGUUUGCGGCGUUUUUGUGCAAGCCUGAGGAAAGAAUUAGAUGGGCGUGUAGAAAAGAAAAUAUUAAUUUCUAUAUUAUUGUAAAAUGGAAGUGAGUACCGAGCAAGUCCCCACGACUACGGAAACCGUUUCUAAUAAUGAACAGGAGCACAAUGAGGAGGGUAUGGAAGAAAGUGAGGAUUAUGGUUACGAUGGAGAAGAUUAUAGGCAUUUCGUACCUCGGGGACGAGGUGGCUUUAGAGGUGGGUUUGAUUUUCCCAUGAGAGGUGGGCCUCCAAGGUUUAGAGGAAGAGGAUUUGGACCUAGAGGACCAAUGUUUCGUGGAACGAAUAAUGGAUUUCCAUUUGAGGGACCGCCUAGGCCUAACUGUCCACCAGGACCAGCUGGGCCACGCUUUAGGGGACCUCCACCAUUUGAUCCGAGCUGGGGACCUAUGGGGCCACCAAAUCUGAUGGGACCGCCAAAUUUAAUGGGACCUCCAGGAAUGCCACCACCACACAUGAUGAAUGGCCCAAUUGGGACAGGUCCGGGACCAUACGGACCACCUCCUGGAAUGGGACCACCAAAUAUGAAUAACAUUCCAGGUCAGCAGCAGCCCCCGCAGCAACAGGCACAACAGCAAGCAAACAUUCCAGGCUUAGAUCUCAAUGGAGAAGUAUGGGUGGAAACAAAAACACCAGAUGGCAAGUCAUAUUAUUAUAAUAUUCGUACGAGAGAAACUACAUGGACCAAACCAGAGGGACCAAAUGUUAAGGUCAUGGUACAAGACCAGUUAGAACAGUUGGUACAUGGAGCAUCUAAACAGACAGCUCCAUCUAACACUCCUAUGUCUACACCUAGUACUCCAAGCCAGAUUAGUGAGAAUAGAAUUUCUCACAAUAAUGAGCCAUCGUCUACAAAUAAUGCAGAUGCUAUGAACCAGCUUAGUACAGCUCCACCUGGUACAGGUCCCCCCCCUACACUUGGUGAAACACCAGAUAUUUCCACACAACCACCUGAUACAACACAGACAAACGGUACAGCACCUGCAACUGUCACUAGUACUCCAGCUAUGAAUACACCAGCAGUAAAUACAAAUAUGAUGCAACCACCUCCUAAUAUGAUAUCUAUGCAACAUAGGAUGCCAAAUCAAUUUGGUGGUCCAAUUGCAACACAAUUUGGAGCCGCACCUUUUGGGAUGCCACCACCAGGUUUCCAGCCUUUUGGAGGUUAUGGUCCACCACAAGCAAAUUGGGGUAUGCCACAAAUGCCACAUGGAGUAAUGACUCCACAAACACCAGCAGAGGACCCUGCCAUAUUAGCACAACUUGAUCAAGAAUUAGUAGCAUCUGCUAUGGUUUGGACGGAACAUCGUGCUCCAGAUGGAAGAUUAUAUUACUAUAACAGUAAAGCUGGUGAAUCUGUUUGGGAAAAACCGCAGCCUCUAAAAGAUCUCGAAAGUGCAAAGUUAGCAUUGCGACAAAAAGCAGAAGAAGCAGCAGCCAAUUCUACAAAUACUGCUGUCACUAGUUCUGCAGUGGCUAAUAACAGUGUUAUCAUAGAACCCACAAAACCAGAAAAACAGCAGGAAAGUAAUCACGAAACCAAAGAUAAUGUAAAGGAAACAGAUACCAACAAACCUAAAAAAGAGGAAGCAACACCCAAGGAGACUGCUAAACCUCAAGAUAAAUCUAGACCAAUUUCUAGUACUCCAGUGCCUGGAACCCCAUGGUGUGUUGUGUGGACGGGCGAUGGACGUGUAUUUUUCUACAAUCCUUCUUCACGUAUUUCGGUAUGGGAAAGACCUGACGAUCUUAUUGGUCGUCAGGAUGUUGACAAAAUGGUGUCUACUCCACCGGAUACAGUGGUACCUACUAAAACUCCGCGUCAGUCGGACACAAGCGAGAGUAGUGAUGAUGACCAGCCAACACCAGCGAAGAAAAUAAAACAGGAGGAAACUAAAGUUGCAACACCAAAAGAAGAUGAAGAAAAGGACAGUAAGAAAACAAUUGACAUCGGUAAAGAGGCUGCAAUAGAAGCGGAAGUACGAGCUGCUAGAGAAAGGGCAAUUGUUCCUCUGGAAACACGGAUUAAAUCAUUUAAAGACAUGCUUGCAGAGAAAGACGUGUCCGCGUUUAGUACAUGGGAGAAAGAGCUUCAUAAAAUAGUGUUCGAUCCUCGUUACCUGCUUUUGACGUCGAAGGAGAGGAAGCAAGUGUUCGAGAAGUAUGUAAAGGAGAGAGCUGAGGAAGAAAGGCGGGAAAAGAGGAACAAAAUGAAGGAACGGAAGGAACAAUUCCAAAAACUGCUAGAAGAAGCUGGUCUUCAUGGAAAGUCAUCCUUUAGUGAUUUUGCUCAAAAACAUGGGCGUGAUGAACGAUUUAAGAAUGUAGAAAAGAUGCGUGAACGGGAGAGCCUUUUCAACGAAUAUCUACUGGAAGUGCGAAAAAAGGAAAAAGAGGAAAAAACGGCAAAACGAGAACAGGUGAAAAAGGAAUUCAUAGCGAUGCUACGUGAACACAAAGACAUCGACAGACAUUCGCAUUGGAGCGAUUGUAAGAAAAAAUUGGAAUCUGAUUGGAGGUACAGAGUGGUAGAGUCUGCAAGCACGCGGGAAGAUUGGUUUAGGGAUUACAUACGUAUACUAAAGGAGGAGAGGAAAAAGGAGAAGGAGAAAGACAAAGAUCACCGGCAUAGAGACAAAGACCACCAUAAGUCAGACAAAAAGGAUAGGGACAGAAAGGAUGUUGAAAAAUACAAGGAAAAAUCGUCAAAAGAUCGGGCCGACAAGGAUAGUUCACAGGACAAGAAAAAACGAAGAAGCGAAGUACCGGCAGAAGAGAAUGGUAAAGACAAAAAGGAAGCGGUAAUAGAGAAAGAAAGCGGUGAAAUCGAAGACAAUGACGACAAACCAACAAAGAAAGACAAUGAUAAAGAAGAGAUGGAAGAUCAGUCUGAUUCCGAAGAAGAUCGUGAAAAACAGAAAAGAGAACGUGAAAGAAGAGCAGAAGCAAGCCUUCGAGAAAGAGAGAGGGAAGUCCAAAGAACUCUUGCCACACACCUUCGUGAUAGAGAUAAAGAAAGGCAACAUCACCGUCACACAGAAGCAGUACAACAUUUCAGUGCUCUUCUUGCAGAUUUAGUAAGGAACGGAGACCUCGCAUGGCGAGAAGCAAAACGGCAGUUGAGGAAGGAUCAUAGAUGGGAAUUGGCAGAGAGCUUAGACCGCGAGGAAAAAGAGAGAUUAUUUAACGAACACAUAGAACAGCUCAGUCGCAAAAAGAGGGACAAAUUUCGAGAACUCCUGGAUGAAGUGGGAGCUUCGACUGAACUUACCGCAUCAUGGAGAGAUAUUAAAAAAUUGUUAAAAGACGAUCCUAGAUAUCUUAAAUUUUCUUCUAGUGAUCGGAAAUGCGAAAAAGAAUUUAAAGAAUACAUUAAAGACAAACUUGUUGCGGCUAAAGCUGAUUUUAGAGAACUUCUGCAGGAAACGAAACUUAUUACUGAUAAAACAUACAAAAAGGUACAAGAAAACAGUGGACAUUUAGCGGAAAUUGAAGAAAUUUUAAGAAAGGAUCGACGUUUUCUUGUACUGGAAGCUGCUGCCGCUGAACGAACUCGUUUGUUAAUGGGUUAUUUAGAAGAAUUGGCACGUAGGGGGCCGCCUCCACCACCUACUGCCUCAGAGCCUUCAAGACGACCAACUACAAAUUAACGAGGCCCACAUCAAAGCAUGGUAUACAUAUGGUGUCCAAAUAAGAAAUCAGUGAUUGAAUUUAUAGCUGUAGUUGAAUUGAAGUACUUUACACACGAGAUGAUUAUCGCCUGUAAUUAUAGGAUUCAAUAAAACUAACGCCAAUUCCACACAGCUAAUAAUGUGUGUG